AUGACUGCGAAAACAAGCCAUAAGCGAGUUCCUUCAAAACAGGUUACAAUAGAUACGGACAUUCCUCUGUCGACAAGACAAUUACACCACACGCAACACCAUCAUCAUCAUCAACAUCAUGAUGGUUUUUACGAUUACCGAAACGAUCUAGAUACUAAUCUAGAUAAUAUUCAAGCUAAAGAUCUAUUAACUGUAGGGCAAAAUAUAUCGCAUGGAUGUCAACCUUCCACGAAUGUUGCCCACGCAUACUCCAACUCUGCAUCUUCGUCAUCGGCAUUUGCUACACCACAAUCACCAAUAUCACCUACAUCACAGACUUCGGCACGUCUAUACAAACAUCAGACCAUACAAGCAACAAUAUACAUUGUGGGUUGGUACAUUUUUUCUUUAUCCAUUUCAAUAUACAAUAAAUGGAUGUUUGGCUCACAGGGACUUGACUUUAAGUAUCCGAUAUUGAUUACUUCGUUUCAUCAAUUGUGUCUUUUUUUCCUCAGUGGGUUAAUCUUGUACAUGAGACCAGACCUUCGACCAAAAGUCCCGACACAAGGACUGCGCCGAAAUUCAGUAUCUUCGGUUUUUGAGCUUACUCUGCAACAACAACAACAACAACACCAACAAGAACAACCUCUGCUGCCACAAGUGCAUCAACAACACCAGCAAGGAAGAUCACGCAGUCCCAGUAGCAUAUCAUUAGGCGGCACGAGGUUCAACUAUCAAGGAUUCAAUUUCCCCAAAUUUAUAACUUAUGGAAUCGCGAUGCCCUUGGGAAUGUACUUACGAAAUAUUAUACCUUGUGCAUUAGCCUCAGCUGGAGAUAUUGGAUUGAGCAAUGUGAGCAUAAGUUUGAUCUCUUUAAGUUUGUACACAAUGCUCAAGACCAGUUCUCUAAUGUUUGUGCUCAUUUUUGGUCUACUUUUCAAAUUGGAAAGGUUUAAUUGGCGAUUGAUUUGUAUCUGUGUCGUUAUGGUAUUUAGUGUUGUUAUGAUGACUGAUAAAAACGACUCGGGUUCUGAAGACAAUACAGAUGAAGGGAGCGCCAGACAAGAGGAUAGUGGGUUCGGUAUCACCUUGGUAAUAUUAGCGUCAAUGCUAAGUGGAUUGCGCUGGUCGUUUACGCAAAUUCUUCUCAAAUCUAACUCGUAUACUUCGAAUUCAAUCUCAACGAUAUUCUAUAUCGCACCAUUUAUGGGGCUUGUGCUAUUUAUCCUCGGCUUGUUUAUUGAGAAAUGGUCAAACUUUAUCUCGUCACCGAUUUGGGUUACUUAUGGAAUAGCGCAAACUACAGUCUUGUUGGUAAUUCCAGGUCUAUUAGCGUUCAUGAUGACAUUAUGCGAGUUUAAACUAUUGGGAGUUGCCCAGAUCAUCACGUUGAGUAUUGCAGGAAUAUUCAAGGAAUUACUCACGAUUUUGAUAAGUUCCAUAGUAUUUGGUGAUCAAUUGAGCUUAAUCAAUUGGGUUGGAUUGUGUAUUACUUUUGCUGAUGUGUUGUGGUACAAUUAUUAUAGGUAUUUGGAAAAAGACACGGAAUUGGCAGGAGUUAAUGAACAUGGGCACCCCUAUGUCAGUGUGGGUAACAGAGAUCUCGAGCAGAAGUCGGCACACGAGACCAAAGCUAAAGAAAGAAACAACAGUAUUUUCAAUGAUAACAAUAAUGAUAACGAUGACGAUGAAGGUGAUCGCAAUGAAACUGGUUUUUAUGCAGGUGACAACAGUAUCGAUUACGAUAGCGUGCGAUUAAACAACCUAAACUUUGAUUUGGAUUUGGAGAAUAAUAAUGAAGAUGCUUUGGGUUUGGGAAAUCGCAAAAGUCUGCGAUAA